AUGCAUAGAUCCACAGCUGUCAAUACGCCAGGCGUUACUACUGUACUUUCUCUAUCAUUUUUUUUUCUUGUAUGGGACUCAGAUGUUCACACUCUCUCUCUCUCUCUCUCUCUCUCUCUCUCUCAUUUUCUUUUACAGAUAAUUUUUUUCAACAAAAACUUGCUCAUCUUCUUCUGUAUUUUAUUACUUUUUCGUUGCUUCCAUCUUCUUUUCUUUCUCUUUCCCACUCUCCUUUCUCUCUCCGACAUCACUUUACUAAUAAAUCCCUUCUCUCUCUCUCUCUCUCUCUCUCUCUCUCUCUCGCUUCCUCUUCUUUUUUUUUCUCCAUUCUUCAUAUUUUUCUCUCUAUAUUCAACACUUUUUGCUAUAUCUAUACUUAAUUUGACACCACACUCUACUCUAGCUUGCACCGACCUCUGUCAGUUGCAGCUUACUCUGUCAUAUUCUUCCUCAGGUCCGAAGGUCAUUGAGGAGACAAGUGAAUCUUUCAAACGUGCCAGUCCCGCGGCCAUCGCUGAAUAG